CUGCUUCAGUACAGGGAACUUCCGAACAGGAUACUAGAAUUUCACAACACAGAGACACCGUUGGAACACCAAGGGAAAGGCAUUGCAAAGCUGCUUGUGAAGGAAGGUUUCAAGUAUGCUGCUGAAAAUAGGUAUAGGAUCAAACCAACAUGUUGGUACGUACUGAAGUAUGUAGAGGACGAAGCAACUGAAGAAGAGCAAAAUCUCUCCACAACUAUGGCCUUACGCGUACAACACUGUAAGUCGGCCAUGGAAUUUUUCAUAAACUUUAGCAACGGUAGUCGAGCAAGGCUUCAAUAUCGGGAACUUCCUGGACGUAUCCUUGAUUUCGAUCACACUGAAACACCACCAGAUCAGCAAGGGAAAGGUGUUGCCAAGAUGCUUGUUCAGGAAGGCUUCAAAUACGCUGCUGAGAAUAAUUACAAAAUAAUACCAACAUGUUGGUAUGUUGCCAAAUAUGCGAACGAAAUGGCAACGGCCGAUGAGAAGAAACUAGUUUGUCAAUAA